AUGUCAGUCAAACCCCUCGAAGUGAAAACCUCCCAUCUUCGAAGAGAUUCGUUUUCCUCCAAGGAAUCGCCGUUCAAAAAGGACUACUCGUUCGCCACAUCGCCCAUUGCCCAUUCACUAGAACGAGGAGCGUACUCGGGCGCAUUCAAGUUCCCUCCCUCGCCGCCCGAAACUCCCAUAGUCAGGCACAUGCGAUCCCGUUCGAUCGAUCUAGGCAACGCUCGACCGCAGCCAGCAUCUCCCACUACCGGCCUUACUCCCACAACAGCCACAUUCAUGACUGCAGGCCGCAAGAUGUCGAUCGACCAGAUGUCGCCACCCAACUGGGGCUCGCGACGCAACUCGUUGGACAUGCACUACGAGCAGUUCAAGCAGCGGGCCCAGAUGAUGGAACUCAACAAAAGCGGCAAGCUGCAGAAAGAGGUGGUGGCCACGUCAUUGCCUACGCCUACAAUGGAGUACCCGGAGUACUCAGUGUCGAGCCCAGCUUCCACCUAUAGUCCCAGUGCACCCAUUAACAUUCCGCCACGACGUGAGUCGAUCAGAAGAGCUCCUUCUCCAACCUCAGAGCGCAUGCUAAAGGGAGAGUUUUCUUUUGACUAG